CUGACUCCGGCUCCUCCCCCUCCUCUUGGUGGCCUCUUCAGCCGCGUUCAGUAGCUUGAUGAAGCUUUCGAAAGGAGGGCUUCACAAGGCAUUACCAAAGUUAAGAGUGAAAAUCCUUCUGGGAAUGGCACUGUAGAACAAUUCUGCUUGGUGGGUCUUCUGUUCAGCUAUCAGUCUGGGUCACCACUACAUCAAGGAUGACUUCGAGACCUUGCCUGCUGAUGAUCAUCCUCUUGGUGUGCACUUCGUACACAGGUGGUGCACUUACAGGAAAGGAGUGUCAAACACCGGACAACAAGAUGGGGGCAUGCAUCCCGCUCCUGAAAUGUCCUUCCCUUUUGCACCGAUUCAACGAAGAACCAUUAACCCCUGCUAGCAAAACCUUUCUACGAGCAAGUAAUUGCGGAGCUGCAGAGCAGUCCGUACCUGACGUGUGUUGCGAGAAAUUGGACCUGCCAACAAUGGGUUGUGGGGAUGGCGUCAUUCCAAAAAUUAUGGGAGGAGAAGAGGCCAAGCUUGGAGAACAUCCGUGGAUGGCGUUAUUUAAUAUAUACUAUUGUAAGUAUUAACCCAGUUUAGUUGCU